GAUUGGAGUGAACAUACAGGGAAAAACAGCAGAGCAGAAACGCAGGAAGACAAAAAACAACAAAUACAACCCCUUCUCCUGUAGAGGAAGAAGAGCUGAGAUUCAAAAACACAGAGACAUCUUUUCUCUCUCUUCUUUCUCUCUUCUUUUUAAUUUGUUUUGAUUUUUUUGAUUUUAUUUUAGUUUUAUUUGGGUUGGGAAUUAUGGGGACGGAGAUCUUGAGGCCUCAGGACUGUUUGAUCGAGCGGAUGGGGGUCUCUCCGGCGGUUUUUCCUCGCCGUAAGGCUUUCCCCGGAAACGCAAAGGCGAACCGGAGACCGGUGGUUCGGGCUGAGAGGUCGGACCAGAAGAGGCGGGGGAGUCAGUCGGAGGGGUCCAUUUCUAAGAGAUCGAGCUCCGAUGAUGUCAGGGCCGCGAAGGGGAAUGUUGUGGUGGGCCCGGUGACGAUUCUCAGGCGCGGGGAGUCGCUUGACUCGAAAUUAAAGAGCGAGGCUCUGAAGAAGAACGGCGAGGAGGAAAUGAUAGUUUCUGGAACCGAGAGGUUGGGCCCGGACCCGGAGAUGGUGCCGAAGCAGAUCCGCAUCAAGGAUCUGAAGCCGUUUGCUUUUUCGGUGGCCGCUAAGCCCGACAUGUACGCUGGAUCUGCGUUUGCGCUCUCGCCGUCGCCGAGCUCGCUUCCGUUACCGUCUUUUUCGAAGAAGAAGCAGAUGUCGCCCGUCGUCGACGACUGGGCAACGAAAGAUCUCCGGCGACUGCUCCGGCUCGACUGACAAAUGAAAUGGUCAAACUAUUACAGAUCCAGAUCUCUAUGCCCGGAUUUGGACCUGGAACUAUCGGGAUCUGAAUUAACCUCGUUUCGUCUCACCAGCGCGUCUUUCACGAAUCAAAGAUCCAUUUUUCCAUGAUUUUUUUAAAUGGAAAAAAGAUCUGAAAAAUCAAGAAGAAACAAAGAUUGGGACGAACGAGGAGGAUAAUUACUAGUAUGUAUCUCUGUGUUUGUAUGAUCUGUGUAAUCUUGGGGUUAAUUAUGGGCAAGGGUUGUAAUAUGAUGGGAAAUGUAAUGUUAAUGGUUUCUGCUCUGCUUUAAAAAAUAAUAAUUAGGAAAAAUUGUGCAAAUCUCCUUUGUAUCAUCUUCUUCUUUCAGCUUUUUUUCCUUUUUCUUUUUUCUUUUUCCCUUCCGUGUAAAGAAGUAGAUGGAGAUCCUGUUCAUGUAAUACAUCUUUGGUGAAAAUUUCGUUCUUUCUCUUUUCAA